AGAAAUAAAAUGUAAGUACUCAGAGCUAACCGCUUUCAUGAUUUUUCGGAAGUUGCAAGUUGCAAGUCCACACUCCUCUGACUCUGAAACACAAACCAUGAUGGCAACACUCCUCAGAAAACUCUGCGUUUGCAGUGAAACGGCGUCGUAUAACAACCACCGACCCUCAUCCGAAGCUGCUGCUUCUUCAGGUUCGUUACUGGAAUCACUUCCAAGCGAGAUUGUGAUGCAGAUCGUACGGUUAUUGGGCCCAAAGCAGGCCGCACAGCUCAGCGUGGUUAACAGAAAGUGGCGAUCCCUCAUCUCCGAUAACGAACUCUGGGCCCACUUUCUUGAGGUCCACAAUCCUCAGCCAUGGGAUUCCGUGCUUUUCUCCGAGACUUUUCUGGCCUCUGCUUACCCUCUUCUUCCUCUUCCAACCUCAGUUGCUGAGAUUCCAUCUGUGUCAUUCAAGCAAGUUUAUGGCCAGCGUGCAAGACUGCCUUGUUCUGUUAUCAUCGAUGGUGGUUCUGGCUAUUGCAAAUAUGGUUGGAGCACACUCCCUUGUCCAUCAUGGCGGUCAGCAACCUUUCUGGAAUUUGGUAAUGUGGAAACGCCAAUAUACACCAGACUCAGACACUUUUUUUGGACUAUUUAUAGCAGGAUGAAGGCGAAACCAAGUUCUCAACCAGUUGUUGUUUCUAUACCAAUAUGCCACUAUGAUGAUACUGAAUCAGCCAAAGCCUCAAGGCGGCAGCUUAAGGAAGCAAUCUAUACUGCCCUGUUUGACAUGAAUGUUCCUGCUGUUUGUGCUCUAAAUCAGGCAGUUCUAGCUCUGUUUGCUGCCAAACAAACUUCUGGAAUAGUUGUGAAUAUAGGUUUUCAAGUCACAUCUGUUGUUCCAAUUUUAAAUGGCAAAGUGAUGCGAAAAGUGGGUGUGGAGGUUGUGGGGUUGGGAGCCCUAAAGCUCACUGGAUUCCUUAGAGAACAAAUGCAACAGAAUAACAUGAGUUUUGAAUCAAUGUACACUGUUCGAAUGCUGAAAGAGAAGCUAUGCUAUGUUGCUAUUGAUUAUGAAGCAGAGCUAUCUAAAGAUACACAAGCAUCAUUUGAAGCUGCAGGAGAAGGAUGGUUUAUACUUAAAAAAGAGCGCUUUCAAACCGGAGAGAUCUUAUUCCAGCCACGUCUUGCCGGAGUACGAGCAAUGGGUUUGCACCAGGCCGUCGCUCUGUGCAUCGACCAUUGCCAUUCUGCAGAAUUAACCGCGGACACGAAUUGGUUUAAGACCGUAGUCUUAUGUGGGGGCAGUGCAUGUUUACCAGGUUUGGCAGAAAGAUUAGAGAAAGAACUUCAUGCCUUGGUUGAUCCCAACCUGUCAGACAGAAUCACAGUCAUACCUCCUCCAUAUGGCGCGGAUACGGCAUGGUUUGGAGCAAAGAUGAUUGGCAAUUUAAGUACCUUUCCCGGUCCAUGGUGUAUAACAAAGAAGCAGUUCCGUCAAAAGCAUAAAACUAAUCGGAUAUGGUGAUUACUUGCAUCUCAAGUUACUAUUUUUCUCAAUUAUGCUGGCAAUAUGCACCAGCAACUGUAUGAUUCCCAUCAUGUAAAUUUCUAUGGGAAGGCAUUAAAUUCAAACAUGUAUAUUAGUUUGUAAUUUUCGUUAAGCAUUACAUGUAUGUAUUAUCUGAAAAGAAA